UGCUGUGUUUGUGGAACCUGAAACAGAAUUCACAAUAUCCACUAAGAUUUUCAGUCGAGCCCAGACAGAGCUUGUUAGCGUGACCCUCACUGUAAGGCAGUUGGGUAUAUAAUAGAUGGAAAAAUAGAAAAUUUGAUUGAUACAAAUAGUUGAAUAUUUUAAAAGCAUACAGGAAAAUUACUUUGGAAUCACUGGUUGAACAGCAAUGUUGAAAAUAACAUUCAUCACUGGAAUCUUCUGCCUAAUUACCAAAGUCUCAGGCCUAAAGGUGACCCAGCCAGACAUAAUUGUGGCCAGCAGGCAUGGAAAGGCCACUCUUGUCUGUGACUACAGGACACGUGCCAAGGUUGAAGAGAUGCGUUUUAGGCUUUUAAGGAAAAUGGGUAACCAAAUGAAAGAGAUUUGUGCUUUCAGCUACUCUACAAACUAUGAAUCAGUUACCACUGGUGACGCCAUACAUUGUGAAGGGGAGCCUGGUCCAAACAACGUGACUCUGCAUGUAUCAGGGAUGCAGAUAUCUGACACAGGAAUGUACAUCUGCAAACUGGACAUCAUGUAUCCACCUCCCUAUCGGACAACUGAAGGGAAUGGUACUCUUAUAUAUGUCAGUGAUCUUAUGUCUGAAUGUGCACAAUCAAUGGUGCCACCCGAAUCCAUUCUUGAUCAAAAGAUUCUUCUGGUUGUCUGCUUCGUUUUGUUUUUGUACUGCCUGAUUAUCACUGCUGUCCUGUUGUGUGGGAAGCAACGGAAGAAAUUCAAUAUUGGAAAUUAUGAGAAGAUGUUGGAGUCAGAUCAAGGGAAUGGCUUUUCGCCCUAUUAUAUCCGUUUCAACUGAACGUUACAUGUUCAACGCAUCCUUUCAAAUUUAGCCAUAUGAUGAGCCAUAGCAGCCUCACCAGAUAUGUCUGUAGUAAUAUAGUUAUAAAUGAAUGUAAUGUAAUUAGACACUCAUAUUUGCUGAUGAUGAUACCUCAAAAUGCUCUUAUAGCAGCAUUAGAGUCAUUUUUUAAAGAUUUUGUGGAGCCUUAACAAUUUAGUUUAGGGCUAGGGUUGCGACCUGUCUGGAUUUCACCCGAAAAGCAUGGUUUUUGGAAGGGCUGUCCAGGUGAAAACUGCCUGUCCAGAUUUCCAAAUUAGGAAAUCCGGACAGGAAUGUUUGAAAAUCCGGACAGGUCAUUGAAGUUAAUGACAUGGCGAUCAGCCAAUUGUCAUCAGUUUUUAGCAGAGACAAUUCUCAGCAUUUUCCAUGGCAGGAUAUUUUCUUUUUUUCAUUACUGUGACAUGUAAGUGCUACUAGUAGCUCUGUGCUCUGUGUAUCUUCACCUUAAUGGUCACUGGUUAGACAUCUUUAGUUCAUGCCUUGCUUUCUCAGGUUUGAACCCCCAGCCUCUCUUCAUUACCCUUGGCCCUAUAGUUUGUUUCCCAGGUCUUGCACAAGUCUAUAAGUAUUCAAGCAUUUAUAUUCAGAAUUCAGGGUUGCCACCUUGUAUCUUCCAAUGAAGUACCUGUAAGCCCAAGGCUACAGUGGUGAAUAAUGCAUUUGUAGUUUUCAGAGUUAAAAGGGUUGUUACAUUUUAUUAUGAUGUAAGAGGGUGAAAUUCUUUGACAAUUUACAAUUGUUUUUAAUUAUUUAUGGUU